UGUAACAGUUGAAGGGUAUUGGAUCACUGAUCAAAAUAGAUGCUAUGGCAUCUAGUUUAAACAUUAAAAAUGGACUUUUAAGCACUAAAAAUUCUCUUCAGAUAAAGAUUCCCUUUUCCAUAUGCAUAAAGAGGCCAACAGAGAUCAAAUGCAUACGAGCCAUAACAAAUUAUUCAGUGCAACACAAUGAAAAGCACUGCAUUGAUAUUGUAAGGAAGAGGGACUAUGAGGGAUUUGUGUGCUCAUUGCUUCUUCCUGAUGCUGCUCGCCACUCCGCCUUGGCACUGAGGGCAUUCAAUGUAGAGCUGGCACAGAUUAAGGACUCUGUUUCUCAGAAAACCAUUGGUUUAAUGCGAAUGCAGUUUUGGAAGAGCGCUGUGGAGGAUGUUUACAGAGAUGACCCUCCAGCCCAGCCUGUCAGUGCAGAACUGUGGAGGGCAGUAAGGAAACACACACUAACGAAGAGGUGGAUGUUAAGAAUGAUAUCUGAAAGACUGAACGUGAUUCACUGUCAUCAUGCUGACAGAUCAGGUGUGAAAAAUGUCCAUGCAGACCAUGCCGCCAGCCACAUUGGCAAAGCCCAGGGCAUCCUGACCUGCCUCCGUGCCACCCCCUACAACAGCAGCAGACGCAAAGUCUACCUGCCCAUGGACAUCUGCAUGCUGCAUGGUGCGUCUCAAGAGGACUUCCUCCGUGGCAGCAAGGACCAGAACGUCAGGGAUGUUGUUUAUGACAUUGCCAGCCAAGCCCACGUCCAUCUCGAACACGCUAGAUCGUUCAGCAAGAAUGUUCCAAAUGCGGCCAUCCCUGCCUUCCUGCAAACGGUUGUUCUGGAAGAUUACUUGCACAGAGUGAGGAAAGUAGAUUUCGAUGUGUUCCACCCCAGCCUACAGAAGAGGAAUCCAAUGCUACCUAUUCAGCUUUAUUUACAAUCAUGGAAGAAGACCUACUGAUGAUGUUUAAUAUAAAUACAAUAUAAUUGUUUCCCUGUCAAACCCCAAGACAAGAGAACUUCACUCCAAUAAAUUGUCUAGCUGUGUGGACUGUUUAUUUUUCCUUUCAUUUUUCAUGGCAGUACAAUAGAUGAAACCCAAGGAAAAUAACUGAUUACUUAACAAUUACUAAGUUUCACCAUCACUCAGUACAAAGGAUAAACAGCUUGAAAUGAAAAGCGCCACUAGCAAAACAUUCAGUUACAUUAAUACGCAAAUGUGUCUGAACCUUUUAAACUCAACUGCUAAUAAAUGAACUUUUUUAUUCUCUAUUCUACGUGAAACUGUUCUUGAUUUGUUAUAAAUACCAUAGAUUUGGUGGAAUGAAUUGAAGGAAAUAUUUUCACAAUGCCUGGAGGAAAUAUUUAAUUAUUUAAAGCAUUUGCCAAUAAACUGGGUGCAGAAAAUGCACAAAAAUGUUACAUAUUUAUAAUCGAGAAAUGUGUCCCUCCUGAUGGAGAAGGUGAAAUAAUUCAGUUUCAGAGGCAAGUUGACAAUUCUAGGAGAAGCGUUUAUGGGUUGUUGAAUUUGUAUUCAUGACAUUGUUUGCAAGCAUUCCACUGACAAUGGCUCUUAUCUGACUGACAAGAAAACAAGUCCUGUGUGUUAGAAACGGCUUUUGAACUACAUAGAGUGUUUUGCAUUUAAAUUAUUUAAAUUUCAUAUUUAAUAAGCUUCAAUGUGGUUAGAUUCAUUUUGUUAACAUGGAGCUAUCAAAAGUUAAAACAGAGUAGCUUGACUGUAGUUAAACUACUUUUAAGUUAUUGGCAGCUUGUGUCUUAGGAAGCGACAGUUUCAGCUUUCCCAAAACUGCUGAGCUCAUCUGAAGUGAGUUUUUGUUGGUUUUAUUGCAACUGUUGCUAAAUGUAUCAUAUAAUCAUCGUACUGUAUUUAAUCCUGUCUACAAUGCUAGUCCAAUCUCUACAAUCUAAUAUACUGUUUUUAAGUUCAUCAUAAAAUGUAUUAUGAAUUUAAUGAGUGUUCUGUUCAAUAAUGUAUCAGAAGUUUCUGAUGAAUAUGUCUUAAUUUGUUCAUAUUUUUGAAAGGGAUUUAGAGCAUUUUGGAAAUAAACUUCUGUUAGACCUAUAAAGACUACAAACAAGCACCAAGGGUGGCACUCUAAUUCGCACAGGUAGUGCAGCACAAUUAAUUUGUGAUAUACCUUGUACAGUCACCUUAUCACAGAUGCGAUACAAUGAUACUGGACAAUUACUUUUAGUAGAUCAUUUCAUUUAUUUAUUUUUUUAUUCAACAGAUGAGCAGCAUAUAUGGACUUUAACCCUGUAAUAACUCUGCAAACGUGUACAUAAAAUGUGAGUAGCUGCUGAUAAAUGUCCCUUUCUUUGUUUACAUUUUGAGGUGCACCUUUGACUGAAACAUAUUUUUGUAGAAUAACAGUUGUCACCCAGUCACCACAUCAUAGUUGUGACAAAAGAAACUGGAAUAUGAGUUCACCUUCAUUAGUGCUCUAAUGAGUUUUAUAUCGCUCAUUUAUUGAUUUGUAAUUCCUCAUUAAAACAAUAUUUUACAUUUAGACUGUCAGGGCACUCAUAAUUGUCUUACGUUUGAAGCUCCAGGAACCAUUAAAGUACUUCUUCAAGCAGGGGUUUGAAACCCUCUUAU